AUGGCUAGAAUAUCUGUGCUAAACUCCAGCAAUGACACCAAAUCCAGCGAGUCCACCUCUGCUGAAACUGCUUCCACUGUGUUGAAUUCAGACUACAAGAUAUCUCUCAAGAAAAAACCAUUCUUCUAUGAAAACAUAUUUAUCGAAGUAUUGAAUGCCAGAUUUCAGUUCCUAUCAAGGUUUUUGUUGUUUAUUUCUGCUGUGGUUGCUUUUGUUUCGAAUUCAAUACAUUACCCAGUGCUCUUCAACUCCAAUGCAACCUCAACUAAUUUUCUAAAACAACAAUCCCCAAUAUUGAACUUCAGUCUAUAUUUUACUCCUAACUCAAUUGUAUUAAAAUUCUUAUUGCUUUCAGCUCAAUUUUUAAUAAGUUUUGCAAUAUUCAAACAAAUAAUCAACUAUAAGAAAACAUUCAUCUUAAUGGGCAAAUCAAAUACUUUCACUCCCUUUUUCAAAAAUUACUUUAAUCAAUUUUAUAAUCAAUUUUUAAUUUUAAAAAAUUUCAGAGUUUUUCUCUUUGAAAUUUUUCCUUUAGUUUAUUCAUUAAGUUUAUUGUUUUUUCUGCUUCCACUAAUAUCCCAGUUCAAUUUGUUAUUAAUACCUAAGAUUCACCAGUAUCCCCAAAUUAAUGAUAUUUUGAUUUACAUUCUCUUUUUGAUAUUUUAUUAUUCAAUUAUAAUUUCCUCAGUUUAUCAUUUCCUUAACCUAAAUCAUUUUCCAAUAUUGAAGUUUAAUCAGUUUCACAAUAAAAUUGACUUUGGAAAUAUCUUUUCAUUUUUGUCAUUAAAUCAUUUUAAAUUAUUGAUCUAUUUAAAUUUAUUCAUCAAUUUAUCAGCUUCUUUUAUUUACUACAUUUUGAAUUUGAAAAGCUUCAUCUAUAAUUAUUUGAUUUUUACUUGGUUACCUUUAGUUAUUAACAUUAACACAGAUAUUCCAUUAAGUAACUCAAAUUUUUCUAUUUUCUAUUUUUUUUCCUUUUUCAAUCAAUUUUUAAAAUUAUCUUUGAUUUCACUAAAUCUCUCUAUUUUUUACUUGAUUAUUCAUAAUGCUUUCAAAAUUUAUAUUCUACAAAUCGGUUGUUUACAUUAUAAUCAACCUUUAUCAUCAAUUGCAAAUGACUCAAAGACCCAAAUAGAUUCAAUCAUUUCAGGCUUGUUAUCUAAUAAAGUGUUGAUCAAAACAACUGCCUAUCAGGAUUUGGCUUAUUUGUCAAUUAAUGAUCAAUCUUUCAGAAAGAAUUUAUACACAAAUUUAUCAAACAUCACUGUUCCUGAUAACAAAACCAUUUCUUUUAAUAACAAUGACAAUACUAAUACUAAUACCAAUAAAAAUGAUACAAAUAGUAAAAAAAAUAACUUCAAUAAUAAAAAUUAUAAGAAUGAUUUCAAAAAAAACAAUUUUAAUGAUAAUAAAAAGAAUAAUAACUAUAAUAACAAUAGCAACUAUAAAAACAACAACUACAAGAAUAAUAACUACCAAAAUAACAACCAAAAAAACAUUAAAACAAUUGAAAUUUAUUCCUGGUUCAUUAUUCUUCAUCAAAUUGAAUCGUUAAUUAAUAAUUCAAUUAAGAACAUAAAUAAAGUUUUGGUUCAAAAACCCAAAUUAGCUUUAAAUAUAAAUACUAAACCAAGUAAAGAUGAAAUAAAAAUUAAAGGAGAUAUUUCCGAUAAACUAUUUGGCAACAUAAUUCUUAAUUCAAACUCAAAUAAUAAAAAUAAUUUAACUGAUGAAGAUUCCAAUCAAAAAAUUAAUUUGACUCCAAUUAAAUUCAAAAAUUCUAGAAUAUUUUCAAAUGUUUAUGGCUUAUUGCAAGAUCCAGAUGCAAAACAAUCAAAUUUAAUUAUAUCAAAUAUUCAAAACUAUGCAAAUCUUAUAAAGAACAAUUAUCCAAUUUAUUUAAAGAAAUUUUUGGAUUAUCUUUUAAAUAAUUACAAAGUUUUAUCUUUCUUAUUCAACUCAAAUUUCAAAAAUGACUCACAAAUCAUUUUGAAUGAAAAUUCAACAAAUCUAGGUAAUUCAAUCAUAAUUAUAUCAAACUUGCUUUUGUUUUCAAUUGAUGAAUCAUCUAUAGGUUUAAACUCAAAUAUUGUUUUUACUACCAUUAUCAAAAUUUUGGAUUUGUUAGACAAUUUAAUUUCAACCACUGCUGUGUUUAAGAAAAAAUUUUCAACUGAAAUAAAAGAUAAAAAAGAAAUUGAUAUUAUUUCAGAGAUUCACGAUUUAGCAAUGCUGUAUUUUUUCAAAAUAUCAGUCAAAUAUAAACAUCUAAUUAAUGAUUUACCCUUAUCAAAACCUGUUUAUAAGCUUGCUAAAUGGUCAAUUAACCAAUCUUUAAAAUCAAACAAUGAGGAAAACAAUUCAAUAUCCGAUUUGAAUAUGAAGACUUUUGACAAUUUGAAAUCAAAAUUAAAUUUAAAAAUGAAAGACUCAAACCUUUCUUUUUUAGAGCAUGAAUCCUCAAAUCAGUUUCAAAAUCAAACAUCCACAUCCACUGACACUUCGAUGAUGUAUGAUAAUUUCAAACAAGAAGAUGAUGUUACCACAUUUGAUGUCAGUAUAUUAUAUUGA